AUGUCAACAGACCCUAAAGCAGACGACCCAGGGGAGAUGGAAGAGACCACAGCGCCUGGGAUGGAAAAAGAGUCUUUGCCAGAUCUCGUCACAGCUGUGAAGAUCUUGACAGGCUCUACAGUUGAGAUCGCCGCAGCUUCCGUGGGAGAGACCACUCUGGUAAAAGCUGUCCAGAAAAUAGAGGACGAUGGAAAAGGUUUGGACUUCACACUGGAGGUGGUAGAGCCAGAGGUCCUGGAGGUAACCACAGAGGUGGGAGCUAAAGAAGCAGCAGGUGAUGAGGCAGCUGAUGAAGUAAAUGAGGAGGGGCUGAAGUCUGCAGAGCCUGAUGUGGAAUCUCCCGCUGCUGAAAAGCUUGCUGAAGAUGAAACAUCUGCUUCUGUUGCAGCAGAUGAGGAGGCAGCCUCUUUUCUGUCUGAGGAACCUACAACCUCAGCCCCAACAGUGGAGGAGGUGGGUGAGGUUGAGUCUGAAGAUCAGGCUGCGGUCCCUGAAGCUGUAUCAGAGGAGGCUGUCUCUACAGAGGCCUCACCUGAAAAUGCUGCUUUUGCCGAGGACACUACACCAGCUGCCUCAGUGGAUGUGACGACACCUGCUGCUGAGACAUCAGUGGAGGAGGCAACAGUUGAAGCAUCAGCAGAGGAAACAGUUGAAGCCGAGGCAACGCACAGUGCAGCAGCAACAAUUGUGGACUCAACUCAGCUGGCAGCAGCCUCCUCUGGGUCAGACCUAGAGGUCCUUUCAGCUGCGGAACCAGAAUCUACAUCAGAGGCUCCAGUACAUGAGGUCAAGCAAUGCCACUCCUGCCACUCUGCUCCACUCGCAGCAGAGGACGUGGCGCCACCUGCUGCUUUGGGAGGGCAGCUGGCCAGUGAGGAAGCUGUGGAUAUAACAUAUGAGGUCAAGGAAGCAGUGUCACUGGUGGAAGGACAAACCACAGAGACUAUGGUUGCGAUGACGACCCAGUCAUGACAUGACAGACAGUGUGCCUUCCACAACACUUACUUAUCUGUCAACCAAGCCAGAACGACCAAGGAAAACAACAUGAGGAAGGAGCAACUGGUUUCACUAGAUAAUGUGUUCUUUUUUGAAAUGUUAUAACAGAGAUGUUGUUUUUUUAUGUUUCCAAUCUGUUCCUGCUCAAAUUAUAUUAGUAUUUGAGAAAUGAUUGCCAUUAUGUCUCUUGUCCUCUAGGUGCCACUGUUGCAAAGCUUUUCAUGACUAGUUGAAUGGAACGCAAGUUUCUUUGUAGCUGUUUCUGUUGUAUUAGGCAGUGGUGGGAGGGGUUUGUUGUUCAUGCUGUGAUAGACUGAUUUUCAUAGAUAUUGCCGAACAAUAUCUAUAAACAGUACCAAGAUUUUUAAGUGUGAAUUCACCCAUUUGUUUCCUUCAAACUGAUGAAGUCAUUUUCCCACUUAUGUCGGCUGAUAUUAUAGUAUAAAGAUUUGUAUUUUUGUCACUUUUGUCAUAGAAUAUAGACUAUCUUGAGGCAUUUAAGUGUUUUAAGACCAUUACACUUGUGCUGCUAAUUUUAAAGGGAUGCAUUAGUUUCAAGGGGUCGAGAAUAUCUUUAUUAUCCCAAGGGGGUAAUUUGUUGCGUAGUCAGUAUUAUGAACAUAGCCAACCAAGAAAAAAAAUUAAUAUAUAAAAAAAAUUAAAAGAAAACAUAUUGGUAAAAUAAAUACAACACCAAUGCUGAUAUUUGUUUUUGAAAGCUGAUUUCAAUUGAUGUCAAUAGUAAAUCCAUAUGUUGGUGAAUAUCUAUUAUAUAUUUUGUUGUGUUACCACUGUCUGUGUUUUACCUUCUACAGCAAAAGACUGAAAAAAAAAACAAAAAACCAUUUACUGGUAAUAUGAACUGAUUUGUACUUAGACAUUAUAUUCAACACUAAUGUGACAAUAUAUCUAAGAGUUGAUGGAUUAUUUGCUUUAAAGAUAUUUGUAGGUACUUUGCAUACACUCAUCACAUACAUACAUACAUCAUAUAUUAACUAAAUAUAUAUCAAUAUAUUACAUAGUUAAUAUAAAUCAAUAUAUUACAUAGUUAAUAUAUCACUUUGUAAUUAGUCAACUGUGUCCCUGUUGUCAUGAUAAUGUGCUCUCUUAGAUACUUUAAAUAAAGUGAUGUGUUAAAAAUUA